AUGCCUUCAGAAUUCAUUUCGUCCAAUUUUGGUGAUGACUGGAAUCGUCAGGUCGUACCUCUUACAUACUACGCUUCAUCGCAACACAGUGCUGAGCGUGUUCCGCCGGCUGCUACUGCUUCUGCAAGGAAUAAUUCCAGGCAUGCUGAAACUGGUCAUCCAUCUUCCAAAACCCGACAUCGUGACAUGCAGUCUGGCAAUCCCGAAGUCGGAGUAGAAAUCAUGCCGAGCCUGGUCCGUUAUGGUCAGAGGGGCACCCAGUUUCAGCAGUCGAAUGACACGCAUGCUUACUCGCAAGUACCUGCCAACUUGUCCAAUCAGUCCUCCACGCGACGGCGACUUCUCCCCCCUCCCUCUGACAGAUACCAAAUCGAUCAACUUACCGAUGAUAUGCAACUCGUCAAUUCCAUCUCGCAAUCACAAAUGGAGCCCUACUCUCAUCGACAUUACAAGGAUAUCAUAAGAAGCACAGGAUCUGGGCCCUCACACCUGAAUGCAGGAUACGAUCCAAGUAUGAUCCACGACAAAGGCCCUAAUCACGUCACUUUCUAUCUAGCCCCAAAGACGACACUCAUAUUCCCCGUUCAUCCUGAGAAUCUUCCGGUGGAUCCUCCUACAGCUCUACAGUCGACACUCAAAAAACAUCCCCAAAUGGGCGAACUUGACAUCCCCAUGCUGGCUUUCAUAGCAGACGAACCAAACGAGCCGACCAAGCCUUGGGGACCUUUUGCGGUUGUCUCGAAGGACAAUACCAAGGUUUACUUGUGUCAAAAGACGAAGGAAGGUCGAUAUGAACCUGGCGAGACUUCAAGGGUGAUUCCCGAUCCCUACAAUCCAAACAAGAGUAUAAUCGUUAAGUUCACCGCAUAUCCCCCUUCCUCGGACGGGGGCGUGCGGGUCUAUGACUCCGUUCUCACAGAGGUCACUCCGGAUGAGGCAGGACUCAUGGGUGUUUUUGGAUUCAAUAUCCAGCUUCGUCAUACCACCCGAGGAACUCAAAGGAUACCGACACUGGUUAGCGCUGAGUAUGCUUUCCUCGAUCCAGGAGGCUCAGUGACAAUUGACAUGGGUAAUAAGUCGAUGGUAAGGAGGAAGGAAUAUUACGCAACUGACACGACCGACCGCACGAAGUGGAGAGGACUUAUGAACUCUCCUAAUUUGGCUCUCAGCUACGAUGGGAUCGAGGACGAGUAUCUAAAAAGUCAGGACCAGUUUGGUAAUCGAACUAUCAAGUCGUUGGAGUGGUUUGAACCUCCUCAUUCUUCAAGAAACAUUGAGACAACAGCGCAACAGACACAGGUUUCGACACGACACAAUCAACCCACAAACAGAAUGGGUGCAACCCCGAGCUAUAAUCAAGGCGGAUUCGAUUCCCCUUUCCCGGGAUCUCCGUUGACCAGACGCCAACGUCCAUCAGCCAACACGAGCGCUUUGGAUCAGCCAACACGAGCGCUUUGGUCUCGUAUGACUCUCGUCAAAACGAUUAUGACAUCCCAACCUCGGAUCCAAGUAGAGCUUUGGUGA